GUGAUUGGGGUGCUGAUGGAUUGCCUGUCCCUCUCGCCUUCCAUUAGUAGCGUUUGAUUUGGAUGAGGGGGCUUAAUAAGAAGGGCGGAGCUCUAGUGUACUGAGAGGUUGGAGAAGCACACACACACACACUCUGCCUCUCUACACCAGCUCCUCUCUCAUGCACCACGCUGCUGGAUCUCAGCUGUGGAGAGCUGUGUGAGGUGCUUUUGCCAUUGUAUGUGCAAACAAUAAGAGGUCAAGAUGGUGGCCCUGUCGCUGAAGAUCUGUGUGCGGCAGUGCAAUGUCGUAAAGACUAUGCAGUUUGAGCCCUCCACCCCAGUGUACGAUGCCUGUCGCAUCAUCAGAGAGAGGGUUCCCGAGGCCCAAACUGGACAAGCCUCAGAUUAUGGCCUGUUCUUGUCAGAUGAUGACCCUAGGAAAGGCAUCUGGUUGGAAUCCGGUCAUACGUUAGACUACUACAUGCUCCGGAAUGGGGAUGUCUUGGAGUACAAGAAGAAGCAAAGGCCGCAGAAGAUUAAAAUGCUGGAUGGAGCGAUCAAGACUAUCAUGGUGGAUGAUUCCAAAACCGUAGGCGAGCUUCUUGUCACCAUAUGCAGCAGAAUAGGAAUCACGAAUUACGAGGAGUACUCUCUGAUCCAGGAGCAGGGGGAAGACAAGAAGGAGGAUGGCAUGGGUACACUGAAAAAGGAGCGCACUUUACUGCGAGAUGAAAGGAAGAUGGAAAAGCUUAAAGCCAAACUUCACACAGACGAUGAGUUGAAUUGGCUGGACCACAGUCGGACGUUUCGUGAGCAGGGGGUGGAGGAGAGCGAGACCCUGCUGCUCAGGAGGAAGUUUUUCUACUCUGACCAGAACGUGGACUCUCGUGACCCUGUACAGCUCAACCUGCUUUAUGUUCAGGCCAGAGAUGACAUCUUAAAUGGCUCCCACCCAGUGUCCUUUGAUAAGGCGUGCGAGUUUGGUGGAAUCCAGGCACAGAUCCAGUUCGGUCCCCAUGUGGAGCACAAACACAAGCCCGGAUUCCUAGACCUGAAGGAGUUCCUGCCGAAAGAGUAUAUUAAGCAGAGAGGAGCCGAGAAGAGGAUCUUUCAGGAACACAAAAGCUGCGGUGAGAUGACUGAAAUCGAGGCAAAAGUGAAAUAUGUAAAGCUCGCCAGGUCCCUGAGAACAUACGGCGUGUCUUUCUUCCUAGUGAAAGAGAAGAUGAAGAGCAAGAAUAAGCUUGUUCCACGGUUGCUGGGAAUAACCAAAGAGUCUGUGAUGCGGGUGGAUGAGAGGACCAAAGACGUAGUGCAGGAGUGGCCUUUAACCACAGUGAAGCGAUGGGCUGCAUCCCCCAAAAGUUUCACAUUGGACUUUGGUGAAUACCAAGAGAGCUACUAUUCUGUUCAGACCACAGAAGGGGAGCAAAUCUCUCAACUUAUUGCCGGAUACAUAGACAUCAUUCUUAAAAAGAAACAGAGCAAGGACCGCUUUGGCUUGGACGGGGAUGAAGAGUCCACAAUGCUGGAAGAAUCCGUUUCACCAAAGAAGUCUACUAUCCUGCAGCAGCAGUUUAACCGCGUGGGUAGAGUGGAACAUGGAUCAGUGGCACUGCCCGGCAUCAUGCGCUCGGGCUCCGUCGGUGGGCCGGACACUUUUAACAUGGGCACCAUGCCAGCACCGCAGCAACAGAUCACUAUGGGGCAGAUGCACAGAGGACACAUGCCCCCACUGAGCCUUGCCCAGCAAGCACUUAUGGGCACCAUAAACAGCAGCAUGCAGGCGGUACAGCAGGCUCAGGCAGACCUCUGUGAGGUGGACAAUCUGCCACCACUGGGACAGGACAGGGCAUCAAGGGUAUGGGUUCAGAACAAAGUGGAUGAAUCUAAACAUGAAAUCCAUUCACAAGUAGACGCCAUCACUGCUGGAACCGCUUCCGUUGUCAACCUUACUGCAGGUGACCCUACAGACACUGAUUACACAGCUGUAGGCUGCGCUAUUACCACCAUCUCCUCCAACCUGACGGAGAUGUCAAAGGGCGUGAAGCUGCUGGCGGCUCUCAUGGAGGAUGAGGUGGGCAGUGGGCAGAGGCUAAUGGGUGCAGCCAGGACUCUAACAGGGGCAGUAUGUGACCUGCUAAGGGCUGUGGAGCCAGCAUCUGGAGAGCCCAGGCAGACGGUGCUGACAGCAGCAGGUAGCAUCGGACAGGCUAGCGGUGACCUGCUGCGCCACAUCGGAGAGGGAGAGACCGACGAGAGAUUUCAGGACAUCAUGAUGAACCUGGCCAAAGCAGUGGCCAAUGCUGCUGCACUGCUGGUGCUGAAGGCGAAGAAUGUGGCGCAGGUCGCUGAAGACACUGCACUACAGAACCGCGUGAUUACUGCAGCCACACAGUGCGCCCUUUCCACAUCACAGCUAGUGGCCUGCACCAAGGUGGUGAGCCCCACCAUCAGCUCACCUGUGUGUCAGGAGCAGCUCGUGGAAGCUGGCAGACUGGUAGAGCGAUCAGUGGAGUUGUGUGUUAAAGCGUGCCAUGCUGCCUCUGACGAGUCUGAGCUGCUUCGGCAGGUGAAUGGAGCAGCAGGCACGGUCAGCCUGGCACUUAGCGAUUUGCUUCAGCAUGUACGCCACUACGCCAGCUGUGGUGAACCCAUUGGCCGCUAUGACCAGGCCACUGAUACGAUCAUGACGGUCACUGAGAGUAUCUUCACCUCUAUGGGAGAUGCAGGGGAGAUGGUAAGGCAGGCUCGUGUGUUGGCCCAGGCCACGUCUGACCUAGUGAAUGCCAUGCGUUCGGAUGCUGAAGCAGAGGUGGAUGUGGAUAACUCCAAGAAACUGCUGGCUGCCGCCAAACUACUGGCUGAUGCUACGGCUAGAAUGGUGGAAGCUGCAAAGGGGGCUGCGGCUCAUCCAGAGAACGAGGAGCAGCAGCAGAGGCUGAGAGAAGCUGCGGAGGGACUGCGAGUGGCCACCAACGCUGCAGCUCAAAACGCCAUUAAAAAGAAGCUGCUCAACAGACUGGAGAUUGCUGCCAAGCAGGCUGCAGCAGCAGCUACUCAGACUAUUGCUGCUGCACAGAAUGCAGCUGCCUCCAACAAGAACACAGCGUCCCAGCAGCAGCUAGUACACAGCUGUAAGGCCGUAGCAGAUCAUAUUCCUCAGCUGGUGCAGGGCAUGAGAAGUAGCCAGGCCCAGCCAGAGGACCUGAGCGCCCAGCUGGCCCUUAUCAUCGCCAGUCAGAGCUUUCUACAGCCGGGUGGUAAAAUGGUUACUUCAGCAAAAUCGGCCGUCCCGACAGUUACAGACCAGGCAGCAGCUAUGCAACUGGGACAAUGCGCAAAGAACCUGGCCACCUGCCUGGCAGAGCUUCGGACAGCUGCACAGAAGGCUCAUGAAGCCUGUGGGCCUCUGGAGAUAGAUUCAGCUCUCAGCACUGUCCAGACCUUGAAGAAUGAACUCCAGGAUGCCAAGAUGGCUGCACUUGAUGGACAACUUAAACCACUACCUGGAGAAUCGCUGGAGAAAUGUGCUCAGGAUCUGGGGAGCACCUCUAAGGCUGUUGGCUCAUCCAUGGCCCAGCUGCUCACCUGUGCUGCCCAGGGCAAUCAACACUACACUGGUGUAGCUGCAAGGGAGACGGCCCAAGCGCUGCGGACUCUGGCUCAAGCUGCACGAGGUGUAGCUGCCUGCACGGCAGAGAGACAGUCUGCAGCAGCCAUGUUGGAUUCAGCCAGUCAUGUAAUGGAGGGCUCGACCAUGCUAAUCCACGAGGCCCAGCAGGCUCUGGUGUGCCCUGGAGAUGCAGAGAGCCAGCAAAGACUAGCGCAGGUAGCAAAGGCUGUCUCUCACUCUCUGAAUAACUGUGUGAACUGUUUGCCGGGGCAGAAAGACGUAGACAUGGCUCUCAGGAGCAUUGGUGAAGCCAGCAAGAAACUUCUGGUGGAAAAUUUGCCUCCCUGCUCCAAGUCAUUCCAAGAGGCUCAAACUGAUCUGAACCACACAGCUGCUGAGCUGAACCAUUCCGCUGGAGAAGUGGUGCACUCAUCACGAGGCACCAGCAGCCAACUCGCUGUAGCCUCUGGCAAAUUCAGUCAGGACUUUGACGAGUUCCUGGACGCCGGCAUUGAAAUGGCUGGACACACUCAGUCCAAAGAUGACCAAAUUCAGGUGAUUGGCAAUCUGAAGAAUAUCUCGAUGGCCUCCAGCAAGUUGCUGCUGGCUGCCAAGUCACUGUCUGUAGAUCCUGGAGCUGCUAAUGCCAAGAAUCUUCUUGCAGCUGCAGCGAGAGCUGUUACCGAGAGCAUUAACCAGCUCAUCACGCUGUGUACCCAGCAGGCACCUGGCCAGAAGGAGUGUGAUAAUGCUCUGCGUGAGCUAGAGGCGGUAAGAGGAAUGCUAGACAACCCUAAUGAACCUGUGAAUGAUCUCUCCUACUUUGAUUGCAUUGAGAGCGUAAUGGAGAACUCCAAGGUGUUGGGAGAGUCCAUGGCUGGUAUUUCCCAGCACUGUAAAACAGGAGACGUUCCAGCGUUUGGGGAGUGUGUGGGUGUGGCGUCCAAAGCCCUCUGUGGAUUGACCGAGGCAGCUGGACAAGCAUCAUAUCUAGUGGGUGUGUCUGAUCCGAACAGUCAGUCAGGCCAUCAGGGAUUGGUGGACCCCAUCCAGUUUGCCAAAGCUAACCAGGCCAUUCAGAUGGCAUGUCAGAGCCUGGUGGACCCGGCCAGUAGUCCCUCCCAGGUGUUGUCAGCAGCAACAAUUGUAGCCAAGCACACCUCAGCUCUCUGCAAUGCCUGCCGACUAGCAUCAUCCAAAACCGCUAACCCUGUCGCCAGGAGACAUUUUGUGCAGUCGGCCAAAGAAGUGGCCAACACCACGGCUAACCUCGUCAAAACUAUUAAGGCCCUGGAUGGAGACUUUUCCGAUGAGAACCGUGAAAGAUGCCGUGUUGCCACGACCCCUCUAAUACAGGCUGUGGAGAAUCUUGCCACGUUUGCUUCUAAUCCAGAGUUCGCCAGCAUUCCUGCUCAGAUAAGCAACGAGGGCUCAGCAGCCCAGGAGCCAAUCCUGCGCUCGGCUCGUUCUAUGCUGGACAGCUCCACCCAGCUGUUAAAAAGUGCUCGCUCUCUCAUCCUCAACCCUAAAGACCCCCCCACAUGGUCUGUCCUGGCAGGCCACUCUCGCACUGUGUCAGACUCCAUAAAGAGCCUCAUCACUGCCAUCAGGGACAAGGCUCCAGGUCAGCGUGAGUGUGAUCACAGCAUCGACAGCAUCAACAAGUGCAUCCGAGACAUAGAGCAAGCCUCCUUAGCUGCCGUGGGCCAGAGUCUGCCAUGCAGAGAUGACAUCUCUUUAGAGGCUGUGCAGGAUCAGGUGACCUCGGCCGUGCAGGAAAUCGGCCAUCUGAUCGAACCCAUUUCCACUGCAGCCCGUGGGGAGGCUGCACAGCUUGGGCACAAGGUGAGUCAGCUGGCUAGCUACUUUGAACCACUCAUUGUAGCUUCAGUGGGACUGGCCUCGAAGCACAUGGACCACCAGCAGCAGAUGAACAUCCUGGACCAGACCAAGACCCUUGCUGAGUCCGCACUGCAAAUGCUCUACGCAGCCAAAGAGGGUGGAGGAAACCCUAAGGCAUCUCAUACCCAUGAUGCAAUAGCCGAGGCUGCACAGCUAAUGAAGGAAGCAGUAGAUGACAUCAUGGUGACUCUGAACGAGGCAGCAAGUGAAGGAGGGAUGGUAGGCGGCAUGGUGGAGUCCAUCGCUGAGGCCAUGGGACGGAUGGAUGAGGGAACUCCUCCAGAACCGGACGGCACAUUCGUGGAUUACCAGACCACCAUGGUGAAAUUCUCCAAGGCUAUCGCUAUCACUGCACAGGAGAUGAUGACGAAGUCUGUGACGUGCCAGGAGGAGCUGGGUGGCCUGGCGUCUCAGGUGACCGUAGACUACAUCCAACUGGCACAACAAGGACGCCUGGCAGCCACCACAGCCGAGCCAGAGGAGGUUGGCGUUCAGAUAAAAAGCCGUGUGCAGGAGCUCGGUCAUGGCUGUAUCUACCUGGUGCAGAAGGCUGGCGCACUCCAGAUGAGUCCCACUGACAGCUUCACCAAGAGAGAGCUGAUCGAAUGUGCUCGAGCUGUCACAGAGAAGGUGUCCAUGGUGUUGUCUGCCCUCCAAGCAGGUAAUAAAGGCACCCAGGCCUGCAUCACGGCAGCCAGCUCGGUCUCCGGUAUCAUCGCUGACCUGGACACCACCAUCAUGUUCGCCACUGCAGGCACACUUAAUGCUGAAAAUGAAGAGUCAUUUGCAGACCACAGGGAGAACAUUCUGAAGACAGCAAAGGCUCUAGUGGAGGACACCAAGCUGCUAGUAGCUGGCGCAGCCUCCAGCCAGGAAAAGUUGGCCCAGGCCGCACAGUCCUCCGCCAAGACCAUCACCCAGCUGACAGACGUGGUCAAACUAGGGGCUGCCAGCAUGGGCUCGGACGAUCCAGAGACACAGGUGGUUCUCAUCAACGCUGUGAGGGAUGUGGCCAAAGCGCUUGCUGAACUGAUAAGUGCGACUAAGUGUGCAGCAGGAAAACCAGCAGAUGACCCUUCAAUGUACCAGCUAAAAAGUGCUGCCAAGGUGAUGGUGACCAAUGUGACAUCUCUACUGAAGACUGUCAAAGCCGUGGAGGAUGAAGCGACUCGUGGCACGAGAGCUCUUGAGGCCACCAUUGAGUUCAUUAGACAGGAGCUGACGGUCUUCCAAUCCAAGGACACACCGGAGAAGCUCGCCACGCCAGAGGAGCUCAUCCGCAUGACCAAGGGCAUCACUGUAGCCACUGCCAAAUCUGUGGCAGCGGGCAACUCUGGCCAGCAGGAGGACGUCAUCGCCACUGCCAACCUGAGCCGCAAAGCCAUCUCCGACAUGCUGCUCACCUGCAAGCAAGCUGCAUAUAAUCAGGAGGUGCCUGAGGAUGUGCAGAGCAAAGCCCUGAUUUAUGGCCUAGAGUGUACAAACGGAUACAUUGACCUGCUCGAACACGUUCUACUGGUUUUGCAGAAACCUACAGCAGAGCACAGACAGCAGCUGGCUGUGCUGUCAAAGAAGGUAGCUAGCUCAGUCACCGAGCUGAUACAGACUGCUGAAGCUAUGAAAGACGGAGGCUCUGAGUGGGUAGACCCUGAGGACCCCACAGUAAUCGCUGAGACUGAGCUGCUGGGAGCCGCUGCUUCUAUUGAGGCCGCAGCAAAAAAACUGGAGCAGCUAAAGCCCAGAACCAAGCCGAAGCAAGCAGAUGAGUCACUGGAUUUUGAAGAGCAGAUCUUGGAAGCAGCAAAGUCAAUUGCAGCAGCGACCAGUGCUCUGGUGAAGUCUGCAUCAGCUGCACAAAGAGAACUUGUGGCCCAGGGCAAGGUGGGCUCUGUUCCAGCCAAUGCUGUGGAUGAUGGCCAGUGGUCUCAGGGUCUCAUAUCAGCAGCACGUAUGGUAGCAGCCGCCACAAGUAGCUUAUGUGAAGCAGCCAACGCCUCAGUGCAGGGUCACGCCAGUGAGGAGAAGCUCAUCUCCUCUGCUAAACAAGUAGCAGCCUCCACCGCCCAGCUGCUGGUGGCCUGCAAAGUAAAAGCUGACUAUGACUCGGAGGCAAUGAGGAGACUACAGGCUGCCGGGAAUGCAGUUAAGCGGGCGUCAGAUAAUCUAGUGAAGGCGGCUCAGAAAGCUGCCUUUGACAAGGCAGAGGACGAUAGCGUGGUGGUCAAGACUAAAUUUGUUGGCGGAAUUGCGCAGAUCAUUGCAGCUCAGGAGGAGAUGCUGAGGAAGGAGAGAGAGCUGGAGGAGGCACGCAAGAAACUGGCCCACAUCCGACAACAGCAGUAUAAAUUUCUACCCACUGAGCUCCGAGAAGAUCAGAGCUGAGCUCUCUCACCCGAACACACACACACACACACACACACACACACACACACACACACACACACACACACACACACACACCAAAUAGUAUGAAGUCCAAUGAAAAACCGUGAGCUUGUCUGACGUUGGUGUUGGAAUGUUAGUCGUCUUGGAGGCUUUUCUCGUAGACGCUGAUGUAUCGUGAUGUUUAAGGAUGUGAGCGGUCUAAUUCCUUCGAUUGGCUGGUUUCCACACAUGAGGAUGGUAAUUUUGUUUGUGAUUGGUUGCUCUUCCUACAUAGGGCUAUGUGUCUUGUUUUUGUGUUAUGUCUUGCUGCAGAUCUUUUUCUUUCAGUGUGAUAUGCAUUUAACUGCUCUUUGUGUGAGCGUGUGUCUGUGGGUACGCAUGAACUCAAAAGGUCCAAGCAGUACGCCAGACUUUAUUACUAUAAUCCCAUUGGCCGAAUAGUACUACCUUUCAGUAAUUCAUUCAUACUCUUUCCACAAAAUACACCAGAAUAUGGUGAUAUCAGGUGAAAAGAACAUGAGUUGUAUGAUCCUGUGAUGUCCUAACAGUGGGAUGGUUGUUGACCAGCUUUUAGAACAUAUGUAUUUGCUUAAAUGUUUUUAUUUGUGAAAUUUUUAAGCAGGACUAUUCGUCUGAAGCCUUUGCUAAAGCACUACACAACUUUAAAACAUAUCAUAAAGAGUCAAAAUCAUUGUAAGAUUGUGUUUUUCAGCUAGAAUGAGCUUUAUUAUAAGACUAUGGGUAAAAUGUACAUCUGUGCUUUGUGGUAUUAUUUAUUGAUAAGGGAGUCACGAAAGCUCCUCACCAAAAGCAUUAAAGUCACAGAUAUGUUAUAGUCGUGUAAAUCAAGGGACUGAAGCAGAUACCGUUAAGUGUUCUAAGAACUCAUGAAUACCUCAGACAUGUUUAACACAGUUCAGACAUCUUUACCACUGUGUUUCCACACCCGUCUCUUACACAAAGUGAUGUGAACUUUCGGUUCCUUUUCAGACACACAAUACACAGUGCACAUGUAUACAUUCAGCACACACAAUCAGACUAUUGAGACCUACAACUUAGGUGUUUAAAAAUCUAUUUGAGGAUGCACAUGCAUGACUCGAAAAAAGAAAAAAGAAAAAAAAAAUGACCCAGCACUUCAAGAAUUAUAGGAUGCACUGAUAUUGUUUGUAUUCCAGUCUACUCUUUUUCUGCAAAUAAUGUGUGCUUCUUGUGGUAGACAUUAGUGAGAACAAUUAGUGGCUUCCUUUCAGGUGGAAAUAUAGUUAUUCUUGUUUGAUUGUUGUUUGCGUAUUAAGAAUUACACAACGUGGCACUUCAAAACACUACAUAUAUUAUAUCAACCUGCAAUAUUCCACCUCUUCAAUGUGGACUGCGAUGUAUAUUAGUGCCUUAUAUUGUCUGCUCUGAUGCAAGUUGCCCCUUCAGGCUUAUCAAAGACUCAGAUCAUAACCUCAACCACUAUAAGAGAAACCAUAAAGAUUCGUUUUUGGUUCGUGCUAACUGGGCAACUUGUAGCAGUAGGUAUAAAUGUGUAGUUUUGUCCGUUUCUGAGCAGUAUAAACAAUGUACCUAUAACAGCCACUGACUGUUGUUUGAUUCUGCUCUGCCAUAUUCUAUUGUUCUGAUGUGGCCUGAUGCUCUUGCCUUGGUAGACUGCUCAACUGCCAGCUGUAAUUCACUUUAAGAACCAUUAGUGUAACAGCGUCACUGACUUCACAUGCUUUACAUUUCUAGUGAGUCAAGAAUCAACACGGCAUUCCAUACACACGUAUCUACACUUUUUCAAUUUACUUUGCAAAGCCCCAAUCAGGAACUGCUAGAUGCCACAGUGUGCUCAGAGUUUCCUAACAAAAAGCAUAUGUGAACCAUACAUAAUGCUGUGGUUUAGUUGAUGUGGUCUUGUAACAGUUUUAUUGCUGCAAUCCCUCUUGUCUUUGUCCCCAAAUUUGCCUCCUGUUUCCUGAUUGAGGCUUUAAUGAAACUUGUUGCAAUUAUGUCUCAAAUAAGAGUUUUCUCUUCAAUAAACCACUAUGUAUGAAGGGUUUGUUUAUAUUUACUAAUAAAUGUAAUGAAGAUAUUGCAAUAUGUGGUUUAAAAUGUGGUGUCUUUUAAUGGAGUGGAAGAAGAAGAAGGAAAAAAAGAAGAAACGGCUCCUUCAAUUAAACUAGAAUUUUAGGGCCCUCUUUAACCAACUGAAAUGGUAACAAUAAAAUGAAAUAAUUAUGAUGCUGUAUGUAAAAUAUUUAUCUGGUCACGAAAGUAUUUUUUGUAUUCACUGAAAAAAAAAAUAAAAAGUUUCAACAAA